AUGGAUACUAGUCCCGGUGACGUUGAUGCGUCCGCCCAGGCUGGUGUGGAUAACACCAGUGGCAGUAGCAGUGGCAGUAGCAGUGGCAGUAGCAGUGGCGGCAGCAGUAGCAGCAGCAGUGGCAGCAAUAGUGGCAGCAGUAGUAGCAGUAGCAGUGGCAGUGGCAGUGGCAGUGCCAAUGGCAGUAGUAACAGUUCUGCAGCACCGGAUACCGGUAGUACUUCACUCAGCAGACCCGUGGAGGUCAGUGCAGUCAGUAUUAAGCUACCACCUUUCUGGCCUACGGACCCCAACCUCUGGUUCGCCCAGGUAGAGGCCCAGUUUGCCACUCGUGGCAUAUCUGCUGAGCUUACCAAGUUCAAUUAUGUAAUCUCAUCUUUAUCGCAAGAGUAUGCGCAUGAGGUUCGCGACAUUUUGUUGAGGCCACCAACUGUCGAGCCCUACACGCACCUCCGGGCGCAGUUGAUAGCUCGCCUGAGUGCCAGUGCACAGAAGCGGAUUCGCCAGCUUCUUACGGAUGAGCAGUUGGGCGACCGCAAGCCGACACAGUUACUCUGGAGUAUGCAACGCCUCCAGAGCGAUACACCCCUGGACAGUGACUUACUACGGGAACUGUUUCUCCAACGGCUACCAUCUAACGUACGGAUGGUCCUUGCGUCUGCCAGAGAUCUGCCAUUAGAGCAGCAAGCUAAGUUGGCCGACAACAUUAUUGAGAUGGCCACCCAACCACCCAUCGCCGCUGUGCCCACAGGCUAUCAGUCUAUGCCAGUCACAUGUGCUGUACAACCUGCUGGACACUCCACCACCGUGCAAUCUCAAGACAUCCAGUCCACUAUUGCCACAUUGGUCAGCCAGGUGUCGGAGCUGAGCGCUGCCGUUUCCCAGCUUUCACGUAGCCGUUCCAACUCUCUGUCCGAACCCCGUUCCCGUGCGCAGAGCUUCUCACGACGGGAAUCUGGCCUGUGCUGGUAUCAUGCCAGAUUUGGAGCUAAGGCCACCAAGUGUACAUCCCCCUGCACCUACUCGUCGGGAAACGGAUCCGCCAGCCACUGA